UAUUCUUAGUUUGCACGAACAAAUUGUAUAUUAUUAAAUAAGCUAUGGUCUGUACCGACGCUGUGCCGUGUUUGUGCUGUGUAUGACAGCUGAUGUAAUAAUAAAAUGAAAUAAAUGACUAUUUAGCUUAGCUACAAUGCUAUAAUACACGCAGCUGUAAUAUAUUGUCUUCUGAUUCCUUUUCUCCAGUUCGACUCUAUUCUUAAUUAAGUGUAACUAUUAAUUAGCAUACUGGAAAGCCAUCAUAUAUUAGGCCAGAGUUAUUUUGUGAUACGACACACGGGUGGAAAAUGGCAUCCUGGAUAAGGUUUUUUUUUUCCCCCCCAACAGCUGUUCCAUGUCAUAACUCUAAAAUGUGUCUUAUUACAUCAUAGCGCUGUAGAAUUUCUCCAUAUUUUUUGUUGAUCAAUUAAUUCACAUUAAUAGUUUCUAUACCAACAGCUCAUUCACAGGAUCCUCUGCCUUGGAUGCUGCAUAGAAACCAAUGUAAAGCGUGUUUGAUUGCUGAUGAUGACGUUUUCUGUAGCGAGACGUCUCUUUAACAUUUACGGAAGGAGUCUCCAGUGUCAGAGCUUUGUAACAGUCAGCUGUAAAGACAGAACGUUUCCGCGAUCAGAAAGUCUUCCUGACAAACGAGGUUGCACUUUCCGGUUUCUCGCGAGGUGGAAAAUGCCGGACCAGCGAGCUCUAAAGAACCCUUACCUGGACUAUAAUGGACCAGAGAGCACACAGGAUCUGUUCGACUUUCAAGGAAAACUCACGCCCGCUUUCGCAGGUCGUAUUAGCAGUAAGAUUAAAGAGCUGCUGGCUGUGAUGGAGAACGGGCUGAAGAGCGCCGACCCGAGCGACUGCACCGGAUACACGGGCUGGGCAGGCAUCGCCGUGCUCUACCUGCACCUUCACUCAGUCUACGGUGACCCUGCCUUCCUACAGAGGGCACUAGAGCAUGUGAGCCGCAGUCUGAAGAGUUUAACCCAGCGAUGGGUGACUUUCCUGUGCGGAGAUGCCGGGCCGCUUGCCGUGGCCGCUGUUGUUUAUUACCGUUUACAGAGAACCCAUGAAUCAGAGGAGUGCAUCAACAGGCUCAUGCAGCUGCACAAAUCAGUAGUAAAAGGUUCAGGCAGCCUUCCAAACGAGCUGCUGUACGGCCGUGUGGGCUUCCUCUUCUCCCUCAUCUUCAUCAAUCAGCAGUUCCAGCAGGAGAAGAUACCAAUACCGUACAUUCAGCAGAUCUGUGAUGCUGUGUUGGCAUCGGGUCAGAAUCUGGCUCAGAGGAUGCGGGUGGAGCAGCAGACUCCGCUCAUGUACGAGUGGUACCAGGAGCAGUAUGUGGGUGCCGCUCAUGGCCUUUCAGGCAUCUACUACUAUCUCAUGCAGCCUGGUUUCAUCUCUAACCACUGCAUUGUGCCAGCCCUUGUGAAGCCCAGUGUGGAUUACGUAUGCCAUCUAAAGUUCCCUUCAGGUAAUUACCCUCCAUGUGUCGAUGACAACCGUGAUCUCCUGGUGCACUGGUGCCACGGCUCUCCCGGAGUUAUCUACAUGCUUCUGCAGGCUUACAAGGUGUUUGGUGAACAGCAGUACCUGCAUGAAGCCAUGCAGUGCGGUGAGGUGAUAUGGCACAGAGGUCUCUUAAAGAAGGGUUAUGGAUUGUGUCACGGCGCAGCAGGAAAUGCCUACGCCUUUCUGGCUCUCUACAAACUCACCCAGGAGCCCAAACACCUCUACAGGGCCUGCAUGUUUGCAGAUUGGUGCAUGAACUAUGGGAAACAUGGCUGCCGCACUCCAGAUACUCCUUUCUCUCUCUUUGAAGGAAUGGCAGGAACAAUUUACUUCCUCGCCGACCUCCUGCAGCCCUCGACAGCCAAGUUUCCUGCGUUCGAGGUGUAAAGGUUCACUGCUACACAACGUCGCAAGCUAAUCAACGCUUGAAGUGCAAAGCCUCAGCCUGGAGUUUUAGCUUCCUCCAGGACAGGAGACACAAACAAACAAACACACACACACACACAGCUGUUUUCUUGGUACAUGUUGCUGUAGAGAACGUGUGCAUGCCGCUUGUGGGGUCAUAUCCUCUUCAUUCUCCAUCUUCACGCCUCCAGUUUAACAUCGUGAACUAAAAACAGGAAGUGGAAAGCUAAAUCCGUGCACUAUAUUAGAAAAUCUUUGUAUUAGAGUUGUUGUCAGUUAUAAGAGAUAUAAAAGAUUGAGAAAGGUGAUAUUUUUGUAUUUGUAUAUCGUCUCGCCAUUUGCUUUUCAUAUAACAGUGAGCUGUUAAACAAUUGUAGUGUAAAGCACUUGAAGCUGCUUGCUUAAUUAGUGCUUUAAUUUAAAAUUGAAAUUAUUUCUGGCUCUCAUAAAUUUACUCUGCAAGUCUUAAUUGUUCAUGAUCAUUUUAGGGAUUUCUUUUUUUUUUUUUAAGGGUGCAACACUACUGAUUUUUGUGUUCAUUUGCAUCUGCUCAGUAAUAAAUGCUAAAGGAAGAUGA